ACCAGACCUGCUGCUGGCUUGAAGGGGGUCAGAAGAAGGAGAAGAUCCGGGAGAUCCAGACGGACUCCAGCCGUGGCACUUGAAGCUACCUCACCUGCACACGGGCGACGUCUAUCUGCUUGCUUCUCACUAGUUGUUUUUUCCCCGGGGAUUUUAAGCAGCAGUGAUGGAACGUUCACGGUCCACGGCGGUGUUCGUAGUCCGGCUACUCUCCUUCCUGUGGUGCGCGCCAAAUGGACUGUGGAGCUUCAACUUUUACGCACAGCAUCCCACGGUGUACCGCGGACCCACUGGGAGUUAUUUUGGUUAUUCCGUGGACUUCUAUCAGGCCAGCACCGAUGGCAACACGUUCAGUGUGUUGGUAGGGGCUCCCAAGGCCAACACCUCUCAGCCUGGCAUUGUGGAGGCUGGGUCCGUCUACUACUGCCCUUGGCCGGGCCUGCCUGACAGCUGCAGACAAAUACCCUUUGACAACGCCAAUAACCGCAUGAUAAAGGUAAGUGGCAGCAGAGAACCUUUGGAGUUUAAGUCCCACCAGUGGUUCGGAGCAUCAGUUAGGACACAUAAAGGCAAAGUGGUGGCGUGCGCUCCUCUCUACCACUGGCGCACGGUGAAGCUGAGCGGGGAGAUGGAUCCCGUGGGUACCUGCUACGUGGCCGUCCAGAACUUCAGUGCCUACGCGGAAUACUCGCCAUGUCGGACCAAUGACCCGGACCCAGAGGGGCAGGGCUUUUGCCAGGCGGGCUUCAGUGUGGAUUUCACCAAGGAAGGAAGGCUGGUGGUAGGAGGCCCUGGAAGCUUUUACUGGCAAGGUCAGGUGAUGACAGCAGGCGUAGCCGAGAUACUGAACGGCUACUCCUUGAAAGCCGUGCUGAGACGCGUUCCAGGAGAGAAACACACCGCCGCUGCCGAAGAGACAUACGAUGACAGUUACCUCGGUUACUCUGUGGCGGUGGGGGAGUUUACCGGAGAUUCGGAACAAGAGCUUAUAGCCGGAGUGCCAAGAGGAGCGCAGAACUUUGGCUAUGUGGUGAUGAUCAACUCCUCCAACCUGAUCUUCAUCCAGAAUUUCAUAGGGGAACAGAUGGCCUCUUAUUUUGGCUACUCAGUGGCUGUAACCGACCUGAAUGGAGAUGGGAUGGAUGAUGUGCUAGUCGGAGCCCCCCUCUACAUGGAGAGGGAGAUGGAGAGCAAACCCAAAGAAGUGGGGAGGGUCUACUUGUACCUGCAGAAAGCCCCGCUCACCUUCUCCCAACCCAUCGCCCUCACCGGCACGCACACCUUCGGGCGCUUCGGCACAGCUAUAGCGCCUCUGGGAGACGUCAACAACGAUGGUUACAACGACGUGGCAGUGGGUUGUCCGUUCGGCGGAGAGGAUCGCGGAGGGCGAGUAUUGAUCUUUAACGGCCACAGAGAUACAACGACACGGGGUCUGACCCUGAGCCAGGAGCUGAGAGCGGCCUCCGACACAGCCGGAGGCCUGCCUGGUUACGGCUUCACCCUGAGAGGAGGCCAGGAUCUGGACCACAACCAAUACCCUGACUUGAUCGUGGGAUCAUUUGGUGCUGGAGAGGUGUCUGUGUACAGGGCUCAAGCUGUUGUGUCUGUGGAGGCGGCAAUGAUCCUGACUCCCAGGAUCCUGAAUCCUGAUGACAGACAGUGUCAUCUGCCCCUCACUGAUACAAUGGUGACCUGCCUGAAGGUGGAUGUGUGUGCACAAGUGAGUGGAGUGGGCAUCCCCAGCUCUGUGGACCUGAGAGCAGAGCUGCAUUUGGAUUGGUUGAAAGGUGUCCGAGGAGGCGUGAAGCGAGUCCUCUUCUUGGACACCCAGCAGCCUCAGCUCACCGGACUCCUAACGCUGGGCUACAACCAUCCACAGGCCUGCCUCAACUAUAUCAUUUACCUGAAAGAGGAAGAUGAGUUCCGGGACAAAUUGACUCCCAUCUCAUUGGCUCUGAACUACAGCUUGGCUCCGCCCACUCAGGGCCAGAUGCUCCCACCGGUGCUCAACUACUACAGCAGCACCGUCCUGCAAGAGCACGCCUACAUUCUCCUGGACUGCGGUGAUGACAAUAUUUGCAUCCCGGACCUCAAACUCACUGCCAGCAUGGACCACUCUGAGCUGGUGAUCGGAGACGACAACCUCGUCAUGUUGACCAUCACCGCGGCGAACCGAGGGGAGGGAGCCUACGAGACGGAGCUCCAUGUGCUGAUUCCAUCAGAGGCAGACUACAUUGGCGUGGAGAGGAGAGUUGAGUCUCUGGCUCAGUUGAACUGCGAGUACAAGAUGGUCAAUGACUCCAGGCUGGUGAUGUGUGAUCUGGGCAAUCCCAUGAUGGCUGAAACUGAGCUGUCUGUUGGUUUGCGGUUUUCAGUCCAAAAGCUUGAAGAUGCUGGACCAAAGAUUAGCUUCGAGCUACAGAUCCACAGCUCCAACAAAGACAACCCUGACAGCAACGCAGUCAGCCUCAAUCUGGCCAUCGUUGCCAAAGCUCAAGUUGAUUUACGAGGGGUGUCUCAUCCCUCUCAGGUGGUGUUGCCAUUUCCACGGUGGGAGCCCAAAGAGAAGCCUGUCAAGGAAGAUGAUGUGGGUCCACAGGUGACACACAUCUAUGAGCUCUACAACUCGGGUCCCAGUGGUAUUCGGGAAGCCGAGGUUGAGGUCGGUUGGCCUUCCCGCUUCCGUGACGAGAACCUGCUGUAUGCGAUGGAGAUUAAAACUGAUGGGCCAAUCAGCUGUCGGCCGAAUAGCAGCCUCAACCCACUCGGACUUCAGAUUUCAUCCCUCCAAGAUACUCCUGAACUUCUGGGCUUCUUGAGGAACACCAGCGCUCCUCUUCGCCGCCACAAACGAGCUGCAAGCACGGCCCACAGUCACAGCGGUAAAACCCUGAACUGUACGAACGUCUCCUGCCUGAAAAUCACGUGUGUUGUGGGCCGUUUGGAUCGUGGCCAGAGUGCUGUAGUUAAGGUCCGGUCGAGACUGUGGGCACAUACUUUCCUACAGCGGCGUAAUGACCCCUACAUUCUCAACUCGACUGUGUCCUUCAUGGUCCUGGCCAUGCCUUAUCGAGUCCAGCCCCCCAGCCUGCCUCAAAGUACCAUCUCGAUGGGGACACCUAUAUUAUGGGGGACGCCAGAUGUGUCCUUUGCUGUUCCACUGUGGGUCAUCAUCUUGGCCAUACUGCUGGGACUGCUAGUGCUCGCCGUGUUAACGCUCGCCAUGUGGAAGUGUGGUUUCUUCGACCGGGCGAGGCCACCAGCCGUUGACAACAUCUCCGACCAAGAACAGCUGACAUCGAAUCAAACAGGGGAUGCCUAAAAGGCACAUAAAACAGAUCCUAAUCGGAGGAAAACUGUGCUUUUGAGACGAACGUGCACCUUCCAACGGAAAUCAAUCCAAACUGAGAUCUGGAGUUGUUGGACCUGACAUUUCUUGGCUGCAGAUCUUCUGCCUCUCUUGUCGACAAACUGGCCUGUGAGGGACGGCUUGCUUGAGUCUGCAUCAGCCGGGGACCAAAGACGCGCAGCUCUGACAGCACAAAAGCAAAGCACACUUGAGUGGACCACAUUUUGGGAAUUGUUUGUCCGUGGUGAUGAAGGACCACAAGAGAAUAGUGUGAAGAAAUUGCUUCACGUUUCCACAUUAAAUAAACUUGGGGUAAAUGGAGCACAGAGAUAAAGCACAGAGAGCCUUAAUCCGGACUUAAAUGAAUGUGAACUUGUAAACUCACUGGUCAUAAUAUUAGGUACAACUGCACUACAGUACUCUAUAUUCUAUCUCUAAAGAAUACAGUAAACCUCCACUAUUCAUGGGGGAUAAGGUGGGGAGCCCUGCCGCAAAUAGUGAACAAAAUGUAAAUAAGAAAAUAUUAGAAACACCAUUUUAUUGCAAAGACAGCACUAGCAUUGGAUGUCAUUAGAUUGUUCAGGUGUACCUAAUUUUGCGACUGGUGCGUGUUUGUGUGUAUAUACAUAUGCUGUAUGUCUACAGCUACUGUACAUAUUUUGUGUGUGUGUUUGCUUCUCUUAAUCCAAUGUUUUGUUAUGCGUCAAAUGUGUCACACACAUAAAGAUGCAUUAACAUGAAGGCGCAAAGCAAACGCGUGUAUUUAUGAAUGUACGUGCAAUAUUUGGACAUUGCGUGAUACUGAAGCUUGUUUACACUGGCAUUAUUUUAUCAGAGCUUAAUAGUGUAUAUGUAGAUACUGUAAGUGAGUCGUGGAUAUGAUAGAUUUUAGUUUUGGGCAAACAACAGCAGUUGUCUUGACUGGUUCGUGUCACACCAAAUAAUGUCAGGAGGAAAAUAAGUUAUAUAUGAAAUUAUCCUUUAAGGUUUCAGGUAACAUUCUGCCUCACUAACUCAAGAUUUUGCUUUUUCAUUUUGGACUUCACCAACUGUAACUGCUGCAAGGAAAUAAUACAACACAACAUGAUAAAUAUAUGUCAAACCUUGUCCGUA